UUAUGCAUAUCACAUCCACAUGAUUCAAUUAUUCUUCCCACAAUAAAAGCGUAGCCCUCUUGUAUAUAAAUAUUCCACACCACCAACGCAAAUUAAAUACACAAUGCAUCUUUUAUACUUAUUUGCUAAAAACUCACAUUACAGAAAAUUCAAUACUCGCUCACAAUAUUUGAUCGUUGAGUUCGCCCUAGAGAAAUCCUCUCUGGCCCGAUUCCCAAGGUGCGCCGCUCAGAUGAAUCUCCUCCGCUCCAACGCCGCCGUUCUUUCCCCUUCCCUCUGAAGCAGCUCCUCUCCCUCUCCAUGGUUCUGAUGGUGACUCCUUUUCCGUCACGGUUCAGACCUCCUCCAGAUCCACCUCCUCCAGAUCUGCCGCCGUGGUCGCUGUGUAAGUCUCGUCCGUUUAAAGCUCGUUUCCUCAUCGUCCCUCCAGAACCUCCAGAACCCCCAGACGUUCCCCUUCUCCUCGCUCCUCUCCUUCAUACCCUCGAAUCCUCCAUCAAUCCCGUCGUCUUCCUCCCUCGUUGCAGCUCUCUGGUUCCUGUUGCUGUAGCUUCUCCUCUGAGGUUCUUUGCAUCGAACAUUGGUUUAACCGGGACUGUUUUCGGGUUAUUUGGAGUGUGUGUUUCUACUGCUUGGUGCAGAUUUCAGCACAGUUCCUCUUUUCAGCUCGAGCCACAGUUUAUCUUUGCAGAAACCUCCUCUCUCUUAGUCAAGCUUUCAAAAGGGACUGAUGCUUCUAAAAAUGGAGGUCUUGGAUGGUGUAUCCAUGGUAUGGAUGAAGCCCAUGACUCUCAAAGCUCUGCUAGGAUACUAUAUGUGGUCUCAACCUUUGCAGCCGAAGCUUUGACGUUGCAGGUGGCCCUUCCUUCAGCAUCAUCUGCUGGAUUUUCAAAGCUUCAAGAAAUUUGGGACUCUAUUGUCCUCUUCUCUACCCUGCAUUCAGGGAUGGAUUUGAACGAGAUCGCAGGUUGUCUCCUUUCAAACCUUGCCACUCUCUUCAGUCCUCUAUCAUUUAACUUUUAUCAGUGCACGGCAUUAUGUUUGGCUGUUGCAAUUGCAAUGUGUGUUUUCUUCAGACUAUGUUCCUCUAUUACUCUAUUUUGAGAUAUGAAUGAAUGAAAGAAAUGUUUGACAAAAAAAAAAAA